CGGUCCAAUUUGUGAAGCGACAGAGCUCGCUCACAUUCAGCGUUUCAACAGCAUCUUCGUUCUUGCGCGUUCUGGGGAGAUUUGGCGUUCAGUUCCGCGCGCUGAUGCUGGAACGUGUUUAUGAGGGCGGAAAUUUUGGUGUUCAUCAACAGCAUGAAUGCUAACACUAAAUAAAUGGUUACCGGUCACGGGAAGUGGGGGAAAGCUACUUUGGUGACGGUCACCGGCGCUUAAAAUCUCUAAACGGGUGAAGAGAGAAACGCAACGCGGAGUUUUAUGCGUUCAGUUUGACAGGUGGACAGAUGCCGCCCGUUCAGAGAACUAUGUCGGAUCUCCGGUCUCGUGCUGAAGGUUAUGAAAAGACAGAAGACACAUCAGAAAAGACUUCUAUAGCAGACCAAGAAGUUUCCAGACUAAUUUUUAUCAAUCAGCCCCAGUUUACCAAGUUCUGCAGUAAUCAUGUCAGCACUGCAAAGUACAAUGUCCUCACCUUCCUGCCUCGGUUCCUGUAUUCUCAGUUCAGAAGAGCAGCAAAUUCCUUUUUCUUGUUCAUCGCACUUCUGCAGCAAAUCCCUGAUGUUUCACCGACAGGACGGUGGACCACGCUGGUGCCGUUACUCUUCAUCCUGUUGGUGGCAGCAGUGAAGGAGGUUAUAGAAGACCUGAAACGUCACAGUGCUGAUAGUGUUGUUAACAAGAAAGAGACACAAGUAUUGAGGAACGGCGCUUGGGAGAUUGUACACUGGGAGAAGGUUGUGGUUGGCGACAUAGUUAAAGUUAAUGGCAAAGAUUUCAUACCAGCAGAUGUUAUUCUGCUGUCGUCCAGUGAACCUCAAGGAAUGUGCUACAUUGAGACCUCAAAUCUAGAUGGAGAAACAAAUCUCAAGAUCAGACAGGGUCUACAGAUCACUGCGGACAUCAAGGACAUUGACAGUCUAAUGCGUCUCUCUGGACGGAUGGAAUGUGAGACUCCCAACAGACACCUAUAUGAGUUUGUGGGGAAUAUUCGCCUGGAUGGACACAGCACUGUACCACUCGGCCCUGAUCAGAUCUUGCUGAGAGGAGCACAACUCAGGAACACACAGUGGGUCCACGGUAUCGUGGUCUACACAGGACACGACACCAAACUCAUGCAGAACUCCACGUCCCCCCCUCUGAAGCUUUCCAACGUGGAGCGUAUCACCAACUUUCAGAUCCUCGUGCUUUUCGGCUGUCUCUUGGCCAUUUCGUUGGUCUGCUCCAUCGGCCAGACCAUCUGGAAGUACCAGUACGGCAAUGACGCCUGGUACAUGGACCUCAACUCUCCAGAUGGUGGAGCAGCCAACUUUGGCCUGAACUUCCUCACGUUCAUCAUCCUCUUCAACAAUCUGAUUCCCAUCAGUCUUCUGGUGACUCUAGAGGUCAUCAAGUUCGUCCAGGCUUUCUUCAUCAACUGGGACACUGACAUGCUGUAUGAAGCCACCAACACACCAGCUAUGGCCCGGACAUCAAACCUGAAUGAGGAGUUGGGACAGGUGAAGUACAUCUUUUCAGACAAGACAGGCACCCUGACCUGCAAUGUCAUGCAGUUUAAGAAGUGCACAGUUGCAGGCGUGGCCUACGGUCAUGCAGCUGAAGUUGAGGAUGGUAGUUUUGCGGAGGAGGACUGUCACAGCUCUCAGUCUACUGAGGAAGCUGGAUUUAAUGACCCCAGCUUACUGGAAAACCUCCAAAGUAAUCAUCCCACUGCUUCGGUCAUCCAGGAGUUCAUGACCAUGAUGGCUAUCUGUCACACGGCUGUCCCUGAACGCAUCGACAACAAGAUCACCUACCAGGCUGCAUCCCCAGAUGAAGGCGCUCUGGUUCGGGCGGCACAAAACCUGGGCUUCGUGUUCUCUGGGAGAACUCCAGACUGUGUUAUUGUGGAGUCGUGUGGAGAGGAGGAGAAAUACGAAUUGCUGCACGUUUUGGAAUUCACAAGCACCAGGAAGAGGAUGUCAGUCAUCAUGCGCACUCCAUCAGGAAAGAUCCGCCUUUAUUGCAAAGGAGCUGACACAGUGAUCUAUGAGCGAUUAGCAGACAGCUCCAGAUACAAGGACAUCACCCUGAAACACCUGGAACAGUUUGCCACGGAGGGUCUCCGCACAUUGUGUUUCGCUGUGGCGGACAUCUCAGAGUCGACCUAUCAGCAGUGGCUGGAGGUUCAUUAUCGUGCCUCGACGUCUGUCCAAAACAGGGCACUCAAGAUGGAGGAAAGCUAUGAACUGAUUGAAAAGAACUUGCAGCUGCUGGGGGCCACUGCGAUUGAAGACAAACUUCAAGACAAAGUACCUGAAACCAUCGAGACCCUCAUGAAAGCCGACAUUAAGAUCUGGAUCCUGACUGGAGACAAACAGGAGACUGCCGUCAACAUAGGACACUCCUGCAAACUGCUCACAAAGAACAUGGGCCUGCUGGUGAUAAACGAGGACACCCUGGAUGGUACCAGGGAGACCCUCAGCCGUCACUGCAGCAUGCUGGGAGAUGCUCUGCACAAGGAGAACGACUUUGCUCUCAUCAUAGAUGGAAAGACACUGAAGUAUGCCCUCACUUUUGGGGCACGCCAGUAUUUCCUGGACUUGGCUCUUUCCUGCAAGGCUGUGAUAUGCUGCAGGGUUUCACCUCUGCAGAAGUCUGAAGUGGUUGAGAUGGUGAAAAAACAGGUGAAAGUGAUCACACUGGCCAUUGGCGAUGGAGCCAAUGAUGUGGGCAUGAUCCAGACCGCCCAUGUGGGUGUUGGCAUCUCUGGCAAUGAAGGACUGCAGGCUGCCAACUCAUCAGACUACUCUAUUGCGCAGUUCAAGUACUUGAAGAAUCUUCUGUUGGUUCACGGAGCUUGGAAUUACAACCGUGUUGCCAAGUGCAUCCUGUAUUGCUUCUACAAGAACAUUGUGCUUUAUAUUAUUGAGAUCUGGUUUGCAUUUGUGAAUGGCUUCUCCGGUCAGAUUCUAUUCGAGCGCUGGUGCAUCGGCCUGUACAACGUGCUCUUCACUGCUUUGCCUCCACUGACUCUGGGCAUCUUCGAACGCUCCUGCAGAAAAGAAAACAUGCUUAAAUACCCUGAACUCUACAAAACCUCCCAGAAUGCAAUGGGCUUCAACACCAAGGUCUUCUGGGCUCAUUGUCUGAACGGCCUGUUUCACUCAGUCAUCCUCUUCUGGUUUCCUCUCAAGGCCUUCCAGCACGAUACUGUCUUUGGAAACGGAAAGACACCAGACUAUCUCCUCUUAGGCAACAUGGUUUAUACAUUUGUGGUGAUCACAGUGUGUCUGAAGGCUGGGCUGGAGACAUCGUCCUGGACCAUGUUCAGCCACAUUGCCAUCUGGGGCAGCAUUGGAUUGUGGGUAGUCUUCUUUGGCAUCUAUUCCUCACUAUGGCCUCUGAUUCCUCUGGCCCCGGAUAUGUCAGGAGAGGCGGACAUGAUGUUCAGUUCAGGAGUCUUCUGGAUGGGUCUGAUCUUCAUUCCCAUCACCUCUCUGGUGUUUGAUGUGGCCUACAAAGUUAUGAAAAAGGUGUACUUUAAGACCCUGGUUGAUGAGGUGCAGGAGUUGGAGGCACUGUCUAAAGAUCCAGGAGCUGUGGUGCAUGGGAAGAGUUUGACCGAGAGAGCCCAGCUCCUGAAGAACGUCUUUAAGAAGAGCACCGUCAGUCUGUACCGGUCCGACUCCAUGCAGCAGAAUAUACUCCAUGGCUACGCAUUCUCACAGGAUGAGAACGGAGUGCUCUCCCAGUCUGAGGUCAUCAGAGCCUAUGACACCACCAAGCAACGGACCAGUGAGUGGUGAGAUCCGGCUCGCUGGGCCCCGCCCCCUCUCAGCGGUCACUCAACUUUUUGAUGGCUGGCAGAGAGCUGAAGCCUGUCAGUUUAACUUUGGCCAGCCUAGGGCACCCUGGGCAACAACGGAUAUGAAAAACGAAGCACUGUGAGAGAGAGAGAGAGAGAGAGAGAGAGAGAGAGAGAGAGACUAUGUUCAACAGCAGACACAAGCACUGUGCUAGCAUAUUUUUGCCCAGCCUGCGGUCAGUAUGGUUUCUGAUCUGUCAAACAGAGGAGAACAGCAUAAAGAAUUGACUCUCCUCUCUCCUGCACCAUUCCUUCGGCUAUGAGUGUUACAGCCAAAAAUGUGCCGUUGAUGAGGGUGGUGAUAAAAGUGUUGAGAAACAUUUGUGGUAAUGGUCUUUGACUGUGACUUCCUAAUCAUUAAUGGCACAUAAAACCCAUUUGUUUUUAUAUUACAUAUGUAUUUUAUUUAAGUCAGAAAAUGAGACGUAUGCCAGAUAACCAGAAAUUAAGAUCCAAAGAACAUUAUAAAUUCAGUUAAAAACAAUAUUUAGAAAUUAUAAUUAGAUGUUAACCAGAUGUUUUUACACGCCUCAGAUGCGUUCUGCACUAAUUUGAGAACUUUACCCUUGAUUUUUAUUUUAUUAUUUUUCGUGUUAAAUUCUAACGCAUCAACGCCUUUAUGUUUGUUGUUGCAUUCAGCCAUUACUGGAUAUAUAUAUAUAUAUAUA